AAACGAUGAUUUCUCACAAACUCCAUCUCUCAUCAAUUUGAAGGGCCGUUCAAUUGAUAAAUGAACCGCUAGUGGCCUUCACCAGUGGGUUAGUCAGUCGCGAAGAGGAAAAACGUCGCGAAAUCUACAAAAUGUAAUAAUUACAAAGAUAAAAAAAAAAGCGUAAUUUAUCUGUGCAUGACGAUACGUGUACGACGGUAGUCGGUAAACGUACCUAGACGUACGACUCUUUUCGUGAGACUAGUAAUAAGUUAACGCUGAAAUGAAAUGAAAAAACAACUUCAUGCGAGAUCGACAUAAGAAUGAUUCGAGCUGCGAAUAAAAAUGUGAAAAAAUCCAUUUGCAUUAUUAUAACGACCGUUUUGAUUUUCGAAGAUGAAAUUUUUCUACCUGUUGGAGCCCUUCAAACUCACACAAAAUUGAAAGAAAUGGGUUACGAGGUAGAAAUACAUCUCGUAGAUACGGAAGAUGGUUACACUUUGGCUUUGGAACGAAUACCACAUCCGAAAUCUAAUAAAACGGUCGGAGAUCCUGUGCUAUUGCUUCAUGGAUUAUUUAGUAAUUCGCUAGUUUUUGCGCUCAACUACACUUCUUUAGCUUAUGGUUUAGCUGACGCUGGAUAUGAUGUGUGGUUGUACAAUUCAAGAGGCAAUGGAUUAUCCAGGGAAAUGACGAAUGGAAAUCUAGACGAAAUAUCCUGGAAAUACAGUUUUCACGAAUUGGGCGUUUACGAUACAGCCGCUUGCGUAAAUUACAUUACAAAUUUGAGAAAAAAGAAAGUAAACGUGGUGGGAUAUUCGUUAGGAGGCACGAUCGCACUAAUCCUCCUCGCAGAACGGACAGAAUUCAAUAAAAAAGUACAAAAGUUGAUCCUCAUGGCACCCGCAGCACGAAUGAAAAAUUCUAAAAGACCUCUCGACAGCGUUCGAUUUUGGGCACCUUUCAUAAUGGAGUUCUUAGACGUGUUCGAUUUCUUUCCUUAUACGUUGAACCCGGACUCCACAUUAAAAUCGGUUCGUAAAUACUGCGAGGGCAGUAAAAGAACGAUGAAUAAUUGUAAAUUAUUUUUAAAUUUCAUUAACGGAGUAGAAACUAAAAUAAACGAUGAAGCUGUAUUAACUUUUUGGGGAUCUUUUCCACAACCUGUUUCUUCCAGAACGUUGAAACAUUACGUUCAAGGGAUAAUAUCGGGAGAAUUUCGCAAAUACGAUUACGGUUUUAAAAUGAACAUGGUCAAAUACAAUUCCACCGUUCCACCGCAAUAUAACAUAUCGAAAAUAACCACACCGGUAGUGAUAUUAUGUUCAGCAACUGAUCCGGUGGUAACAAUGAAAGAUACGAAAUGGCUCGCGUCACAUUUAGGUAAUGUUGCUGAAGUGAAUUCCAUAAAAAACGUACAAUUCGGACAUGUGAGUUAUGUCGUUGAUACGAAUUCAAAAGAACUAGUCGUCGAUUAUAUUGUAGAAAAAUUAAAACAUAAAAAAUAAAA